CAAAAACUAGAAAGAUAGAUUCACACAAUGACUCAUUAAUAAUGUAAAAUAAACAACAAAAACAAAGGUGUAUUGAGGAUACUAUCUAAUCUAUUCUAACCCAUAAAAAAGUGUUAAAUGUUGCUUGCUGUUGUAUAGUACGUUAUAGAUAUAGUCACAGUGGUUUAAAAUACAACUGCAACACCCUCAAUUUAGGCACUUUUUAUACCCUCACUGACAUUCAAGAGCUAACUUUUGAGCCUAUAUGAAUUCAGUUGCGAACCAAAACAGCAGCACGUCAGCAGUUUGUGUGAAGUCUUAGUGCAAGUUGUUGUCUAGUAUUUCCAUUUCUUUCUGCCCUAAUCUACUUCUGUUCUUAUUCCUUUUUACGUUGUUUUAAACGCCCAAUUCUCUACUGCAACUUUUUUUUUUUUUUGUAAUCAGAAAUGCCAUUUUACAUUCACAGUCAAUUAAGCUGACUCUUUGUACGUGCAGGCUGGCACCAAAGAUUCUUCUUGGCAAAUAUCUGCCAAUGUUUUCCCCUGCAAGGGUACACCUGUAUUUAAAUCUUUAAUAGUAACAUUUUCUCGGCGGCCCUCCAUUGUCAAGAGAGUGGGUUGCCUAGUGACAGGCAACUCCGCUGAAAAGAUGUUGUUUUUCCCUUCCCCGAGCAUCCUUGACUGCUUUCAUUCAUCCCUGCAGCCCAGCGUUUGCGCGCUAAAUGGUGUCAACCUCGCUUGUUCUCGGGUACUUCAAGGCCGCGCAGAUGUGCGUGCGUGCAGAGCAUGUGGGGGGGAAAAGGCGGCGCAUCUCGAUAAGCCGUUUUUUGUUGACGUCAAGUCGUCAUCUGACGCCACCUCCCCGCUGGAGGGGGACAGGCGUUUUUGUGAUUUGUCGUGUCGUCUCUUCGGCGGCCACUUUCGACCGCUGCGUCCAUGCUGUCUGAUACCAGAAGUCGGCUCUUUGAGUUCUUGGCUCAUGGCUUGAGACCAGGCAUGCCUCCAUCCAGCCGCAUGACCCCGCAGGGACCCGCGAUGGGCCCCCCGGGCUACGGCGGCAGCCCCGUGUCCCGCCCAGGGAUGCCCGGCGUGAUGGACCCGUCUCGCAAGAGGCCCGUCCCGCAGCAGAUCCAGCAAGUUCAGCAGCAGAGCCGCAACCAGCAUACAAAAAAGAAGAAGAUGGCUGAUAAAAUUCUACCUCAGAGGAUCAGGGAACUGGUCCCGGAGUCUCAGGCUUACAUGGAUCUACUGGCCUUUGAGAGGAAGCUGGACCAGACCAUCAUGCGCAAGAGGCUGGACAUCCAGGAGGCCCUCAAGAGGCCUAUUAAGCAAAAGAGAAAGCUUCGUAUCUUCAUAUCGAACACCUUCAAUCCAGCCAAGCCCGACGCAGAGGAUGGUGAGGGCACUGUUGCAUCAUGGGAGCUUCGCGUGGAGGGGCGUCUAUUGGAAGAUACGGCCGUAUCCAAAUAUGAAGCCACCAAACAGAAAAGAAAGUUCUCUUCCUUCUUCAAGUCUCUGGUGAUAGAGUUGGACAAAGAUCUUUAUGGACCCGAUAAUCACCUGGUGGAAUGGCACAGGACCGCAACCACCCAGGAGACUGAUGGCUUCCAGGUAAAGAGGCCCGGCGACGUGGGUGUUCGCUGCACAGUCUUGCUCAUGCUCGACUACCAGCCCCCGCAGUUCAAGCUGGACCCUCGCCUGGCUCGCAUGCUGGGCAUCCACACCCAGACCCGGCCUGUCAUCAUCCAGGCCCUGUGGCAGUACGUCAAGACUCACAAGCUGCAGGACCCCCACGAGCGAGAGUUCAUAAACUGUGACAAGUACCUGCAGCAGAUCUUCGAGACCCAGAGGAUGAAGUUCUCGGAGAUCCCGCAGCGCUUGCAUGCGCUGCUGAUGCCUCCCGAGCCCAUCAUCAUCAACCAUGUGAUCAGCGUGGACCCCAACGAUCAAAAGAAGACGGCGUGCUACGACAUUGACGUGGAGGUGGAUGACACGUUGAAGACCCAGAUGAACUCCUUCCUGCUGUCCACCGCCAGUCAGCAGGAAAUAGCAGGCUUGGACAAUAAGAUCCACGAAACCAUCGAGACCAUCAACCACCUGAAGACCCAGAGAGAGUUCAUGCUCAGCUUCGCCAGAGACCCUCAGGGCUUCAUCAACGACUGGCUGCAGUCGCAGUGCAGAGACCUCAAGACCAUGACGGAUGUGGUGAGCAACCCAGAGGAAGAGAGACGGGCCGAGUUCUACUACCAGCCGUGGGCUCAGGAGGCCGUGUGCCGCUACUUCUACUCCAAGGUGCAACAGAGGCGACAGGAACUGGAGCAGGCGCUCGGAAUCAGGAACACCUAAAGUUAACUGUAGGAUGGCCGUGGAGGAUGUCGACUCGUUUUAUUUUUUUACUACCACUUUUUUCUUGUUGAUUUGCUUCUCGAGCACACAUUUUCCGCCUCCCCGACAAUGUCUUAACCUCCAAACAUUCCUGUAGUCAACAACACCCAAGUGCCAAAGUGAGCACAAAACGCAUCUAAAAAAAUAAAAUUACAACAAAACAAACACGUGUCCCGUUGGGUUUUAUAUUGUAACCGAUCAGGAUGUCCCAUACUCAAACUCUUCUUGUUUUGACCAGGUGCCAUGCCGUUCUUUUUUUUUUUUUUCUUUUUUUUUUUUAAUAUUAAUUAUGAACUAUGUAUAAUAUCAUGACUUGUCUUGUUAGCUAGUACAGAUGAUGAUCAAGGAAGUAGCUAGUUAGCAGUACCUCUAGUCCAAAUAGUUUUGUACAUACUGAGGCAGAAGAAUGACGAAUGUGAAGUUGUACCUCUUUAUCCCAUCAGAUGUUUUGUUUUGGUUUUUUCCUUCGUCAAAGCUCAGAUAGUAGACGCUGUAUUUAUGAGAAUAAUGAGAAUAGUCAGCGGCGAUUACUGAAGUGCAGCAAAGGCAUAGGUGAUGUUGAAAAAGUUGAUUAGUAUGAUGAAAUGCUGCGAUUGAUAAUGUCUGGUGUGAAACAACACUGUAGUAAUUAUUUGAAGCUUUUUGAUGGACCAAACCUAUUUUUCUGUAUCUUCUUAUGUCAUAAUAAAGGAUAUGUAAAACCUA